AUGAUCCGGGGCAUGGAGGCGCCGAUGGCGGACAACCCGCCGCAGCCGCCGCCCGUCAUCUUCUGCCACGACUCCCCAAAGCGGGUGCUGGUGUCGGUCAUCAGGACGACCCCGAUCAAGCCCACGUGCGGCGCGGAGGGGUGGCGGGUAGACCCGAGGCCACCCAGCAGCAGGUGCAGUGAGCGCAGCCUGGGGUCGCGGAGGAGGCCCACUCGCGGUGCAGACGCUGGGCCGACCGCUGAGUCCUCUCUGGCCGGAGAGGGAGCGAAGGGAUGCGGGCCUUCAGCUGUUCCUCUGGGUGCUGGACGGGAGGGAUUUGCUCAGAUUCCCUCCAUCAAUGCAGAUAACCCGGCCCUACUAAAGAUGUCCAGCAGAGAUAGCCGAAGAGCGAGAAGGGAUUUUAGGGAUGGAAUCCGACGUGGUAGACCUAGAGCAGAUACUGUCCGGGAUUUAAUAAGUGAAGGAGAGCAUUCAUCCAGCAGAAUCCGUUGUAACAUCUGUAAUAGGGUGUUUCCACGGGAGAAAUCACUCCAGGCUCACAAAAGGACUCAUACAGGUGAGAGGCCCUAUCUGUGUGACUAUCCGGACUGUGGAAAAGCCUUUGUUCAAAGCGGACAGCUCAAAACACAUCAGCGUCUUCACACCGGAGAGAAACCUUUUGUUUGUUCAGAAAAUGGCUGCCUAAGCAGAUUCACCCAUGCAAACCGCCACUGUCCGAAGCACCCUUAUGCCAGGCUGAAACGGGAGGAGCCCACAGACGCUCUCAGUAAGCACCAGGCUGUGGACAACCAGGCUGCCGCCGAGUGGUUGGCGAAGUAUUGGGAGACAAGAGAGCAGCGUGCCCCCACCUUGAAAGGGAAGCUCGUGCAGAAAGCUGAUCAGGAGCAGCAGGACCCUCUGGAGUACCUUCAGUCUGACGAGGAGGACGACGAGAAGCGCGGUGCCCAGCGCCGGCUGCAAGAGCAGCGGGAGCGUCUGCACGGAGCCCUUGCUCUCAUAGAGCUCGCCAACCUGACCGGGGCGCCGCUCCGCCAGUAG